AUGUCAACCUUCUGCAGCAAGUCGGUGGUCUUUGAACCAGAAAGCGACAUCCCCGAUCUCACAGGAAAAGUCAUCGUCAUCACCGGAGCCAACGCCGGCCUCGGUAAGCAAUGCGUCCUGGAGUUCUCCCGACACAACCCGGCCCAGAUCUGGCUUGCCGCACGCAACCUCGACAAAGCCACGGCUGCCGCAGACGAGAUCCGGCAACGCGUCCCCGACGCGCCGAUCCGGCUCCUCGAGCUGGACCUCAGCUCCUUCGAGUCGGUCAAAAAGGCUGCGCAACAGCUGCUGUCCCAGGCGGAUCGCCUUGACAUCCUGAUGCUCAACGCCGGCAUCAUGGCCACGCCGCCCGGGUUGACCAAGGAGGGCUACGAGGUCCAGUUCGGAACCAACCACAUGGGCCAUGCACUCUUCGCCAAGUUGUUGCUUCCACUCCUGGACAGGACUGCCAAGAGCAAUCCCGACUCGGACGUCCGGGUCGUCUCGCUCUCGUCUCAUGGCCACACCUACGCCGCCACGGGGGGGCUCAAGUACGACACACUGAAGACGGACGCAGAUGCUCUGGGAUCGUACGGCCGGUACACCCAGAGCAAGUUGGCCAACGUCCUCUGGGCGCGGCACAUGGCCAAAGAAUACCCGCAGUUCACCGUCGCUUCCGUUCACCCGGGCGUCGUCAGCACCAAUUUGGCCGCGGGAACGACCGGCUCCCCCAAAGUCCUGCAGUAUCUGAUGGGCUUCGCCAACAGGUGGCUCGUCACUUCUGUUGAGAAGGGUGCCAAAAACCAGCUCUGGGUGUCCGUGUCGAAGGACGUCGAGACCGGACAGUAUUAUGAGCCUGUCGGAGUGGGCGGCCAGGCGAGCAAAGAAGGACAAGACGAUGUGUUGGCCAAGGGACUUUGGGACUGGACAGAGAAGGAGUUGCAGUCGCAUGGUGCUUGA